AUGGCCAGCCUAAAGCACGUCCUGAUCCAUUUAUUGGACGAAUCUGACUCGAGAUCUCGCGCAGAGGAUGACGACCGCCAUCACCACCAGCAUAUCAAGGAUCAACUCGACGACCUGGAACCCUCGAGUCAUCUACGACUCCUCCAACAACUCCUCUGCGUACGGCAGCCCGAGCCACCGCUGUCAGAACGAAUUUUAAGCGAGAUCGACUUAGUCUUGCAGCAGCUGGCGUCGCAUCGACUUCUCACCCAAGCCGAGACCAUUCAACCGGCACUCGCAAUCAGGAGAGAAAACGGCAGGGACACGAGAAUCGCCCUCUGGAAGGGGGACAUCACGACCUUGUCCGGCGUCACGGCCAUCACCAACGCCGCCAACGGCCAGGGCCUCGGGUGUUUCCAGCCAUCGCACCGCUGCAUCGACAACGUGAUUCACUCCUGGGCCGGCCCCCGCCUACGGCACGAGUGCCACGCGGUCAUGGCCUCGAGGACCCGCGAUAUCGCACCGGGCGAGGCCAUCCUCACGGGAGGGUACUGCCUGCCAGCAAGCCAUGUCGUGCAUACAGUUGGGCCGCAGCUGCAACGCGGCUCCAAACCAACAGGGAUCCAGACGAGGCAGCUCACGCAGUGCUACCGCGGCGUGCUGGACGCAGUUGAACCACUUCCCGCAACACCAGAUGGCAGGAAGAUCGUGGCCUUUUGCGGCAUCUCGACCGGAUUGUUUGCGUAUCCGACGCGAGACGCCGCGGCCGUGGCGGUCGACGCGGUCGCGGAUUGGCUCGCAGACCACGAAGACACCUCCAUCACGGACGUGAUUUUCAAUACCUUUACCGAGGAGGAUCAUGCCAUCUACAAGGAGAUCCUGGCCUCCUCCUCCCACAUCCUCUUCGCGCGUGCAGGGACGGGCAUCUCGCCGAGUCCGCUGGCGGCAGAAGCGCAUCACCAACCUCUCUCGUCGUCGACGUCGUCGUCCUCGCCGCUAGUCCAUUCCGACUCGCUGGAGCGCGCCAAGCAAUGGCUGAAGUCUGCGGAUGCGGUCAUUGUAAGCGCAGGGGCCGGGUUGUCAGCUUCCGAUGGGUUGGAUUACACUUCGCCGGCGUUGUUUGCCAGGCACUUCCCGGGCUUCCUGAAGUAUGGGUUGCGAACUCUGUACAGUGUCUUCGGCUUCGAUGGUUGGCCGACUGAGCAGGUCCGCUGGGGGUAUUACUUUACUCACUUGGCCAUGGUUAGGUCAUGGCCGAAGUCGAGAAUAUACCACACCCUUAUUUCUUGGCUCGAAAAGUUUGGCGACGAUGCGCACGUUCGAACGUCCAACGCUGACGGUCUGUUCAUCGCCAACGGACUGUCCCCCGAGAGGCUAUCAACUCCCCAGGGCUCGUAUUCUGUCUUCCAAUGUCUUGCCAACUGCCGCCCUGACGCUACGGUUUUGUCUGCGCCCUUAGUUGACGAUGCACAGGCGUCACUGGACCCUGUAACUCAGGUCAUAACGGAUCCAAGCAAAGUGCCCUUUUGCAGGUUUUGCGGCAGCAAGAUGAGCAUCUGCGUGAGGGCAGGUCACUGGUUCAACGAAUUACCCUUCCAGGACGGGGAGAAGAGAUGGAAGGGGUUCCGCCGGGACGUCGUAGGCGACAGGAAGAAGACGACGGUGAUCUUGGAACUUGGCGUCGGAAUGUCGACGCCGGGGGUCUUGAGAUGGCCGAACGAAGACCUUGUAAUGAGAGGCAACGGGUGCGUGAAACUUGUGAGGGUUGGGUUAGGGCCUGAGACGGCCGUCCCAUGGAGUUUGGAGGAAGAUGGGCUGGCGACAAGUAUAGACGGCGAUAUCUUAACAGUAGUGAUGGAAUUACUGGGACAAAGCGAAAUCUGA